AUGUUACCAUCAUCAACAGAUAAGUUACCGUCAUCAACAGAUAAGUUACCAUCAUCAAAAGUUGAGAACCCAUCAGACCAGUGGCCUUCUCUACGCGGUACAGCUAUCACCUUGGAAGAAAUCGAAGAGAAAUUUCAGAGGUGCAAGUCUGUGUCCAUCGAGCGUGACCCGAGGUGUCGAGACGCCCACGAGAACUCGCACGGGUACUGGAGGCCUGAAGGAGGCGGCAGGGUGGAAGUCAUUCGUAGGAUGAACUUGGCGUCUACAUGCUGCGCCUUCAACCACAAGGAGCUGAUGAUGCCAGCCCCCCACCCCCAGCUCUACCCCUGGGAGAAAGACUUCCUGUCCCACCCACCUCUACGGGAUAUCAGAGACAUCGCGUCAGCGGACAACUCCAAAGUGGUUUUAGUCAAUGACUCCAGCACGUUCAGACUAGGGGACAUCAUCAACAUUCAAGUGGUGCUGUUUAAUGGGAGAGGGGAGAGAAUUACAAUAGGUGGGACCAGCGUCAGGGUGUGGCUGGUCACUGACUCCCUUAAAGCCGCCAUCGCUGCUGACGUCACGGAUAAUUUAGACGGGACGUAUCUGGCGUCGUGUCCGUUACCAUGGAGUGGGUCAGUCAAGGUCAAGGCUACGAUAGCCCAUCACAGAGAACUCUUCAGGACAAAUUUUUAUUUACAGAGACUUUUCACCACAACCCACUGGCUUCUGGCGACCUUUAACGACGGUACAAGGUCAGAGGUCACGCCGUGCUCAGCCGUCCCUAAACUACCCGGAUAUAACGUCACUGACAUCUGUAACCUUACAGAGGUCAACCAGUUCCCGUGGUAUUGUGGGAAACCACGUGAUCUAAAGUGUACUGACUGGACGAGUGUGAGGAAAAUAGACAUCCCGUCAUAUUAUCCCAUGACUCAAGCAGAGGAAGAGUUAAUUUUCCUUACAGAGAGUAAACGACCUUUUAUGAUCCCGUCUACUCUUACGUUCGAAGUUUCGGCCAGAACCAACGCUACAGCCACGCCAUCACCCCUAGACCCAUGCAACAAGAGAAACUUGUCCACAACUUUCGAUGACGUCAAUAGCUCAGGCUAUUUUUACAACGGCUCGUGGCGGUCUUUACGCUGUCAACUUCCGGUUGUCGACAGGGAAUUUUUAAUAAAAUGUUUGAAUGGAACCCAGAUGUUAAUUCUGGGGGACUCUAACUCCAGGCUUCAGAUGGACUUUUUUAGAGAAAUGACCAAAUGUCAAGACAAGAUACCCAGGACAAAGGUCGUGUGGCACGCCCCUUUACAGUGUGACAUUGACAAUCUGGGUGUGUCCAUUAAAUAUUUCCCACCAAAACAUCCGUUUUACGGCUCUAUGGGCGAGGACAUACCCAAUAGUGUACUCUACUCUACCAUACAAAUCAUGGACGGCAUCCCAGCCUCAGGUAAAUACCUGGUACACCUGCACCAGUUCCUGCACCUGAUGCCGUUUCACCUGUCUGUAGCCGAACAUCACCUCCGUCUA